GAUAUAACUGAUCGAGGUUCAAAACAAUGUUUGUUGUUUUGUCUACUGCCACGUUAUUCUCAUUUGGCGUUGUGGUGCAGUGUCAGUGCGUUGUGUAUUCCGUGCAUGAUGAAGAGAAAAUACGAGCGUUCGUACCGACCUGAAUGGGAGCAAGAUCCUUUGCUUUCGUCCUGGAUUUCCAGAGCAAAGGAGGAUCCUGAUGUUGCGUUUUGCAAAGCUUGCAAUUGUAAAUUAGUUACAAGAUUGUCUUCAUUAAAAGAACAUGUGUUAUCCCAAAAACAUAAGAAGCAUAUGAUUGGGUAUAGCGGCCAAUCAUCGGUGCAACAGUUUUUUAAGAAAUCUCCAAUAGAAGAGGAAGUGAAAAAAGCAGAACUUAAUAUCUGUGCUAUGUUAGUGGAACAUAAUUUACCGUUCCGAUUAAUGGAUCAUUAA